GCCGGCCCAGCCCUUCGGUGCACGAUUGGCUGCCGCUGCCACUUACGUGUCGCUCUUCCUCGUUUGCCCCUCGUGUUCAUGGGAGCUCGUUUUCUUUUCCUCUAGGCAGAGAAGAGGCGAUGGCGGCGAUGGCAUCUCUGGCAUCUCUCGGCGCCCUGGCCCUGCUCCUGCUGUCCAGCCUCUCCCGCUGCUCAGCCGAGGCCUGCCUGGAGCCCCAGAUCACCCCUUCCUACUACACCACUUCUGACGCUGUCAUUUCCACCGAGACCGUCUUCAUUGUGGAGAUCUCCCUGACAUGCAAGAACAGGGUCCAGAACAUGGCUCUCUAUGCUGACGUCGGUGGAAAACAAUUCCCUGUCACUCGAGGCCAGGACGUGGGGCGUUAUCAGGUGUCCUGGAGCCUAGACCACAAGAGCGCCCACGCAGGCACCUAUGAGGUCAGAUUCUUCGACGAGGAGUCCUACAGCCUCCUCAGGAAGGCUCAGAGGAAUAAUGAGGACAUUUCCAUCAUCCCGCCUCUGUUCACAGUCAGCGUGGACCAUCGGGGCACUUGGAACGGGCCCUGGGUGUCCACUGAGGUACUGGCUGCGGCGAUCGGCCUUGUGAUCUACUACUUGGCCUUCAGCGCAAAGAGCCACAUCCAGGCCUGAGGGCGGCACCCCAGCCCUGCCCUUGCUUCCGUCAAUAAACAUCACAGGACCUGGGGCUGC